AUGUUUAAGAGGCUAAUCAAUCGUCAGAACGCUGUUGUGUUGUCCCGCCACAUCCCAGCUGGGCUACGGUAUGGCAAGUUUAAUCCAAGUGCGACGAGAAACUUUUCACUUUUUCAAGGUGUAGCAGACGUGUUUUUAACCCUCCAUGAAACUUCACAGAUACCUUGGAUAGUGCUUGUUCCUCUGAGCACUAUUACGCUUAGAACUUUGGUGACGUUACCGCUCAGUAUAUGGCAGCGGAAGAGAAUCUUAAAACAGCAAGAUCUGAGGAAAAUCGUUCGACCAAUAACGCCUAUCGCCAAGCUUCGAUUAGCAGCAAAAAGUAAUAAAGAGUCUAAAAGUACCGCCGAAAUCGAUGCGAAGGGCUCCGCUAUCCCAUUAUCAUUACGAAAUCCAGGUGUCUUGACGCCGGAACAAAUCACAUUCUUGGCAGUCAAGGAAACAAGAAAAAGGCAAAAGAAACUAUUCAAGAAGUACAAUGUACCUCUGUGGAAAAAUGCGCUAUUGCCGAUGGUGCAAAUUCCUCUAUGGGUUACAAUUUCGAUGGGUAUCAGAACACUUACAGAGGCUCAGCUUAUAGAAAGUUUCUACCCCUCUUGGAUUUCGACGCUGGAGUUUGGAUCUUUUGAUCUGAGCUCGCCGCUAACAGCCAUUCCCUUACUAGCGCCGAUUCUGGUGGGAACUCUAGCAGUGUUAAAUGUAGAGUACAACGGCCGACUGAUAUCCAGCUCCAGCAUGUCAUUGCAAGGUAUCGAAACGGUUUCAAGUAAUUCGACCAGAGUUCAAGAGGCGAUGGCCAGCAUACUGAAUGUGUCGAGGCUUGGAUGUGUGGUCAUGCUCGCAAUGUCUUCACAGGCCCCAUUUCUUCUCUCGCUUUACUGGAUAUCGUCACAGCUGUACUCCCUGGCGCAAAACAUCAUUCUAAAUUGGAUUCACCCUUAUCAGCGGUAA